AUGCUUUAUUUCUCUGCAAAAUUGGUGCACAAUGUACUGACAAGGCAGCUUGUAACAGCAAAAAACCAUGAGCUCUGGUUUGUGUUUGAAAGGAGACCUCUGAGAUUCUCUUUGCAGAAAUUUCAUGCUGUCACGGGUCUCAAUUGCAAGGACGAUGGCAACUACGACCUCAAUGAGUGGGUCGACGAUGGUGGUUUCUGGAGUAGGUUGUUAAAGAGCCAUGGCCUGAUUAGCAUCGAGACAAUAAGGAAGAAGCACGUCUUCGAGGCCAACAAAUGGACUCGUGUGGACAGACUGAGAUUGGUUUAUUUAUGUCUUGCUGCACUAUUGAUGGCAGUGGAUGAGAAGAGUUGGGUGUCCCAUGACUACAUCAAAGUCAUCAUGGACUUUGAUAAGAUGUUCAAAUUGGACCGGGGCUGCAAGGGUGAGUUGGAGAAUGUGCUUGUAAAUAAGCGUCAUCUAUACUCUUACAUCUCGUCAACAGGGAAUAUGGAUGUGAUGGUUGACCAGGACUUUGCAAGGAAUGACGAAAUGAGAGAGGAAAGAGUUGAUCGGAUGGAAAAGCUCAUUAGCGAGAAUAAAAACUGGAGUUCUUGUUCUUGGGAAUUUGAAGAACCGGUGGAAACAACGCGUUCUGCGGUUCCUUCUGCAAGGACAGAGUCCGAUGUUGUGCAUAACGAGGGUGUUGAAACCGGUGAGGUCUUGAGAACGACAUGCGGUGAAGCAACAACAUCGUCUGGAUCAAGGACUGGAAAGAGGAAGGUGGUUGACAAGGGCGCUGAGGCACGCAAGAAGAGACUCCUGUUUCAUCGAUCUGUUGCAAAUGCUGAAGAAGGGAGUGAGAGUUCUAUGCGUGCUCUCUUUGACGACUACGAGAAGAGAAUGACAAACCAGAGUGACGAGAAGUAUGAGAAGUUAGCUACUGAGUUCUCGCAGCUCAAGAGUACAGUUUCAGAGCUUAAGGAUAUGCUCGUUGAAGCAUUAUCCCGCAAAACAGUGGAGAGCCAUCGUCACAGACCAAACCAGUGUCUCCGAUCACUUCUCAGCCAAGACGAAAGGUAA